AUGGGUCUGAACUUGGAGGAAAUCUAUGGCCCCAUAAUUGAAGAGCAGACUCCCAAUGAAUAUUUGGAGUACACUCCCAAGCGCGGUUAUGGAUGGGCAAACACCCUGCCCGAGCGGCAGGGUCUUUAUGAUCCUGAAUUUGAAAAGGAUGCUUGCGGUGUAGGCUUCGCUGCUCAUAUCAAGGGCAAACCUAGUCACAAGAUUGUUAGUGAUGCCCGCCAUUUGCUCUGUAACAUGACCCACCGCGGUGCUGUCGGCUCUGAUGCGCGAGACGGUGACGGUGCCGGUGUAAUGACCAGCAUCCCUCACAAAUUCUUUAUCAAGAAUUUCGCCCGUGAAGUCGGACUUGACCUGCCUCCCUUGGGUCAAUAUGCUGUCGGAAACCUCUUCUUUAAGCCUGAACCGGAAUCCUUGAAGGAGUCUAUUGCGUCUUUCGAAGAGAUUGCUGUCUCUUUGGGUCUGCGGGUACUGGGAUGGCGUGAAGUCCCUGGUGACUCGACCAUCCUUGGUCCUGCAGCGCUGUCCCGGGAACCGAUUAUUAUGCAGCCUUUCGUUGUCCUCAGGUCGGCCUACGGCGAUGGAAACAAGCCAGAGACCACCGACCCUGAUUCGUUUGACGACAAGACCUUCGAGCUGCAAUUGUACGUUCUCAGGAAACGUGCGACCCAUGUAAUUGGCUUGGCCAAUUGGUUCUAUCUUUGCUCUCUGAGUAACAGAAACAUUGUCUACAAGGGUCAGCUGUCUCCAUCUCAGGUGUACGAGUAUUACCAUGACUUGGUGAACGUUGACUAUGAAGGUCACUUUGCCCUCGUCCACUCUCGUUUCUCCACCAACACCUUCCCAUCUUGGGACCGCGCACAGCCAUUGCGUUGGGCCGCCCACAACGGUGAAAUCAACACUCUUCGUGGAAACAAGAACUGGAUGCGCGCCAGAGAAGGUGUCCUUAAAUCAGACAUUUUCGGUGACGAGUUGGAUUACUUGUACCCAAUUGUCGAGGACGGCGGUUCCGACUCGGCUGCAUUUGACAAUGUUCUGGAAUUGUUGAUGAUUAAUGGCGUUUUGUCCCUGCCAGAAGCAGUCAUGAUCAUGAUUCCUGAAGCCUGGCAAGAUAGCCCGGGAAUGGACCCUGCCAAGGCAGCCUUUUAUGAAUGGGCAGCGUGUCAAAUGGAGCCCUGGGACGGUCCCGCGCUCUUCACUUUUUCGGACGGACGCUACUGCGGUGCGAACCUGGACAGAAACGGAUUGCGUCCCUGCCGUUUCUACGUCACAGACGAUGACCGUAUCAUCUGUGCAUCCGAAGUGGGUACCAUCGACAUUGACCCCGAGCGCGUCAUCCAGAAGGGCCGUCUGCAGCCCGGAAAGAUGUUGCUGGUUGACACGGUUGCGGGUCGCAUCAUUGACGACUCGGAGCUCAAGCACACUGUGGCGCAUCGUCAGGACUUCGCGACAUGGCUCGACAAAGAACUGUUGAGGCUGCCGGCCAUCAAAAAGCGGUUGCUAGAUAUGAACGUCGACCUAGGGUUCACGCUGGACAAUAGCACCGUCCAAAAUGACCAUCGUCUCAAGGCAUUCGGAUACUCUUUUGAGCAGGUCAGUCUGCUUCUUGGUCCUAUGGCCGCUGACUCAAAGGAAGCUCUCGGUUCGAUGGGUAACGAUACCCCGUUGGCUUGCAUUGCACAGCAGCCCCGUCUGCUCUAUGAGUACUUCCGUCAGCUCUUUGCACAGGUUACUAAUCCUCCCAUCGACCCCAUUCGUGAGGCAGUUGUUAUGUCUUUGGACUGUUAUGUCGGUCCUCAGGGCAAUCUCCUAGAGAUGGACCCUUCGCAAUGCAACCGAUUGCUCCUACCUUCUCCCAUUCUGACCAUUCCCGAGUUCAACGCUCUCAAGAACAUGAGUUGGGCCCACCACGACUGGACCGUGAAGGUCAUCGACAUCACUUUCGAGAAAAGGAAGGGUAUUCCUGGCUACCUUGAGGCACUUGAUUCCAUUUGCGAUGCCGCAACAGAGGCCAUCAACAGCGGAGAUAAGGCUAUCGUUCUCUCAGACCGCGCGACGUCUGCGGACCGUGUUCCCGUGUCAGCGCUGCUCGCGACUGGCUUGGUUCACCAUCAUAUGGUCCGUAACAAGUGGCGGUCUUUGGCUGCUCUUGUAGUGGAAACCGCGGAGGCCCGUGAGGUUCACCACAUGUGUGUCUUGGUUGGUUAUGGUGCUGAUGCUAUCAAUCCUUACCUGGCCAUGGAGUGCAUGCUCAAGAUGAAUCGAGAAAAGUUGAUCCGCAAGGAAAUCUCAGAUGAAAAGAUAAUCGAAAAUUACAAGGCCUCUUGUGACGGUGGCAUCUUGAAGGUCAUGAGUAAGAUGGGUAUCUCAACCCUACAGUCCUACAAAGGUGCACAGAUUUUCGAGGCGCUCGGUAUUGAUGACAGCGUUAUUGACCGCUGCUUCGCGGGGACGGCGAGCCGUAUCCGGGGUAUAACAUUCGAACUAAUUGCCCAAGAUGCCUUUGCGUUCCACGAAGCGGGUUAUCCAUCUCGCGAGAUCGUCGAGGUCCCAGGUCUUGCUGAAACUGGUGAAUAUCACUGGCGUGAUGGAGGUGAGGAACACGUCAACGAUCCCGUUGCUAUUGCCAACGUGCAAGAUGCUGUGCGUACGAAGAACGACAGGUCGUACGAGGCUUAUGCCAAGGCUGAACAUGAGAAGAUCAAGAACUGCACUCUUCGUGGCAUGCUUGACUUCGACUUUGAACAACGGGCGCCGAUCCCCAUAGACCAGGUCGAGCCAUGGACUGAGAUUGUCCGUCGCUUCGUGACGGGUGCCAUGUCCUACGGAUCCAUCUCCAUGGAAUCUCACUCCACCCUGGCUAUUGCCAUGAACCGACUGGGCGGAAAGUCCAACACUGGAGAAGGUGGUGAGGAUCCCGAGCGUAGCAAGAGACUUGAGAGCGGUGACACAAUGCGGUCCGCCAUCAAGCAAAUUGCGUCCGGCCGUUUUGGUGUUACCUCUCACUACCUGGCCGAUGCCGACGAGCUGCAAAUCAAGAUGGCACAAGGUGCCAAACCCGGUGAGGGUGGUGAGCUUCCUGGUCACAAGGUCGUCGGCCCGAUUGCCCACACCCGUUACUCCACACCGGGUGUCGGCCUGAUCUCCCCUCCUCCUCACCAUGACAUUUACUCCAUCGAGGAUCUCAAGCAACUCAUUUAUGACCUCAAGUGCUCCAACCCUCGUGCCCGUGUCUCCGUCAAGCUGGUCUCUGAAGUUGGUGUUGGUAUUGUUGCGUCUGGUGUUGCUAAAGCCAAGGCAGACCAUAUCCUUAUCUCCGGUCAUGAUGGUGGUACCGGUGCUUCCCGCUGGACGGGUAUUAAGUAUGCCGGUCUCCCAUGGGAACUGGGUCUGGCGGAGACACACCAAACCCUUGUUCUGAACGACCUGCGUGGUCGUGUCGUCGUCCAAACUGAUGGUCAACUGCGUACUGGUCGCGAUCUCGCCAUUGCCUGUUUGCUCGGCGCCGAAGAAUAUGGCUUUGCUACAACUCCAUUGAUUGCCAUGGGAUGCAUCAUGAUGAGGAAAUGUCAUUUGAACACCUGCCCAGUUGGUAUCGCCACUCAGGACCCUGAGCUGCGGAAGAAGUUCCAGGGUACCCCGGAGCAUGUGAUCAACUUCUUCUAUUACCUUGCCAAUGAGAUGCGUGCCAUCAUGGCUAGGUUGGGCAUCCGGACUGUUAACGAGAUGAUUGGACGCGCAGAACUACUCAAGGUUCGGGACGACAUAACCCACCCUAAACAGGAGAAGAUCGAUCCCUCGCUCAUUCUCACGCCGGCCCACUCACUCCGACCUGGCGUUGCGACCUACAAUGUUCGCAAGCAAGACCACCGUCUUCACACCCGUCUCGAUAACAAACUAAUUGCCGAGUCGGAACUUGCAUUGGAGAAGGGUUUGCCUUGCCGCAUCGAGUGCGACAUUGUCAACACUGAUCGUGGUCUGGGUGCGACCCUAUCUUAUCAGGUCAGCCGUCGCUUCGGUGGAGAUGGACUUCCGCAAGACACUAUUCAUGCCAACAUCAAGGGCUCUGCCGGCCAGUCUUUUGGUGCCUACCUUGCACCUGGUAUCACACUUGAGCUUGAGGGUGAUGCUAAUGACUACGUCGGCAAGGGCUUAUCCGGUGGUCGCCUCAUUAUCUACCCGCCCCGCGGUGCUGCUUUCAAGGCUGAGGAAAAUGUCAUCGUCGGUAAUACUUGUCUCUACGGUGCUACCCGUGGUACUUGCUUCUUCCGUGGCAUGGCCGCUGAGCGGUUUGCUGUUCGAAACUCCGGUGUCACCGCCGUGGUGGAAGGUAUUGGAGAUCACGGAUGCGAGUACAUGACUGGCGGUCGUGUGCUUGUUCUCGGAUCUACAGGUCGUAACUUCGCGGCUGGUAUGUCUGGAGGUAUUGGGUACAUUCUGGACAUGAACCAAGACUUCCACUCCAAGGUCAACAUGGAGAUGGUUGAGAUCUCAGGUCUCGAGGAUCCCUCUGAGAUUGCUUUCGUCCGCGGCUUGAUCGAGGAUCACCACCACUACACUGGAUCCGAGCUCGCUGCUCGUGUUCUUUUGGAUUUCACUCGUGCUCUUCCUCACUUUAUUAAGGUGCUGCCCAGAGACUACAAGCGCAUCUUGGAAGAGGAGGCCGCCAAGGCUGCGGCUGCUAAGAAAGCGGAGUUUACUCUGCCCCAGCUCCCAGGUACUCCUGUGAACAAGGAGAAGCCGAAGCAGAAGGCGGACGAAGAAUCUAAGAAGACGGAUAUGCUGGACAUUGAGGACAGUAUCAGUGAUUCCAAGACCGAGAAGAAGCGAUCUGCCCUGAUUCUCGACAAAACAAGAGGUUUCAUGAAGUAUAAUCGCCGCAGUGAGAAAUACCGUAACCCGAUCAGUCGUACUCGGGACUGGGGUGAGAUUACCAGCCGUCUGAGCGAGGAUGAACUUAAGUACCAGUCCGCUCGUUGCAUGGAUUGUGGUGUCCCGUUCUGUCAAUCAGACACUGGCUGCCCUAUUUCCAACAUCAUCCCCAAGUGGAAUGAACUCGUGUUCCAGAACCAAUGGCAAGAUGCUUUGAACCGUCUGCUGAUGACUAACAACUUCCCCGAAUUCACUGGUCGUGUUUGCCCUGCGCCUUGCGAGGGUGCAUGCGUUCUUGGUAUCAACGAAGACCCGGUUGGCAUCAAGUCCAUCGAAUGCGCCAUCAUUGAUCGUGGGUUUGAGAUGGGCUGGAUGGUUCCUCGUCCUCCCAAGACUCGUACCGGAAGAACUGUUGCCAUUAUUGGAUCCGGUCCAGCCGGUCUGGCCGCUGCGGAUCAGCUCAACCAUGCUGGCCACAGUGUUACGGUUUAUGAGCGUGCUGACCGGAUUGGUGGCUUGCUGAUGUACGGUAUCCCUAACAUGAAAUUGGACAAAAAGGUUGUGCAACGCCGUGUAGACCUCAUGGCGGCUGAGGGUGUCAAUUUUGUUACCAGUGUUGCCGUCGGUCCCAAAAACGAGAUCACAUUGCAGUCUCUCCAGGAGAGCCAUAAUGCUGUAGUUAUUGCGACGGGUGCUACUGUCGCUCGUGACCUCAAAGUCACUGGCCGUGAGCUCGACGGUGUGCACUUCGCUAUGCAGUUCUUGCACCGCAACACCAAGUCGCUCCUUGACUCGGGUCUCUCUGAUGGCGAGUAUAUCUCUGCCAAGGACAAGCACGUUGUUGUGAUUGGUGGUGGCGACACUGGUAACGACUGCAUUGGUACUUCUGUUCGUCACGGCGCCAAGUCUGUUACUAACUUUGAGCUGCUCCCCCAGCCUCCGCCGGAGCGUGCUCGUGACAACCCCUGGCCUCAGUGGCCGCGUAUUUACCGUGUCGAUUAUGGUCACUCAGAAGUCAAGACCCACAUGGGUAAUGACCCCCGUGAGUAUUGUGUCAUGUCGACGGAGUUUGUCGAUGAUGGUAGCGGCCGUGUUAAGGGAAUCAAUACCGUUCGGGUCGAAUGGAGCAAGAGUGCCUCUGGCGGUUGGGAUAUGAAAACCGUCGAUGGCAGUGAGCAGUUCUUCCCUGCCGAUCUUGUCCUCCUUUCCAUGGGUUUCCUGGGUCCCGAGGACCGUCUUCUGGGUGACGAAAUUGAGCGUGAUGCUCGAAAGAAUGUCAAGACUCCCCCUGGUCAUUACGUUUCCAACAUUCCUGGCGUUUUUGCUGCGGGUGACUGCCGCCGCGGGCAGUCUCUUAUCGUUUGGGGUAUCAAUGAGGGCCGCCAGUGUGCCCGCGAAGUAGACGCAUUCCUCGUGGGCACCAGCUCUAGGCUUCCAGUGACUGGCGGUAUUGUUCGUCGUCCAGCCAUUGACGCAGUUCCUCAGAGUACUGAGAAUAUCCUCGCUGCAUAA